AUGAUGAACAAGAUGGGAAAGAAGGAAUUGCGCAACAGUAAAACGCCCCCCGAAAAAAAAAAAAUAAAACCAUUUGAGCAGCCUUCUUCACCAGUCCAAGAAGAGCCGGAACCUGUGAGCUGUGUACUGCAAGGAGAUGAAAUCCAGGCUCUUGCCAUAAAGCUAGAAGACUUGGCAAAGGUCCGGACUGAAAAUCGUCCUCAAGAAGAGAAAGAGAAACCUGCUGUUAUCAAGAAGUUCCUUGUACGCAAAUCUAGGCCUCGAGAAAUUGGGAAAAAAGCUCAUUUCCUGGUUGCUUAUCCAGCCAUCCCAGAUGAAUCAAAGAAAACACUGAAUUAUUCUGGUAUAGAAGGACCAGUAGUUGAUACCUUUGGAUAUAUCACCCCAUAUAGCAUUUUAGGAACUCUCCAGGAAUUCAGGAAAGAAGCCAUAAAAAAUGGUCACUCUCAGGUUACGCGACUGAUUCCUGAGGAAUCACAGCUUUCUUGUGCAAUCUCAGUUUUGGGGACUUACAGAAAGAAACCUGAGGAAGAAAAGAAAGUAGUCCAGGCCCCUCCAUCUCAACACCUGGCCCUUCAGAACUGGCAGCGCAACAUGGCACUCAGGAGGAAACAACAAAAAAGGCUGUGUGAACGUCUUCAGAAAUCAGAAAGUCAGUUGCUGAUGAACUUUUCAGAACAUUACAGAAGAAUCCAGGAACAGCGAACUUUAAUUGACCGCAGUAUUCCAGCUAUGUACUUUGGAAAGGGCUUUUCCGGGAAUGAGUUCUGGAAUCAGCCUGUGCACGUUGGGGAUGAAGUCAAGGGACUGACCACAACACUGGGUCAGACAGACCUGGGAUUCCCAGAAGAAGUCACUCAUGUUGGGAAACCGCAUAGCAUCUGGAAAGAAAUGGGUACCAGUCCACCAAAAUACCUCCCUUUUCAUUGUGCCUGGGAAAAAAGUCUCUUCCUGAAGCAUCGGAGAAAUGAGUUAAAGGAGAUUUUAGAAACGCUGGAUUUUUAUAACCCGGAUCUGGAUGGCCUAGAAGUUAUAGGCAGAAACCAACCUUUCACCAAUGUGUCAGCAGAGAGUUUUUCACCUUGUGAUGAUGAUGAUGAUAAUAAAGAAUCUUCUGAGGAAACAAGCCCGGACCUAUUAGAUGAGUAUCCAGAUAUAUUUUCAGAACCAAUAUUUGGUCCCUCUCUGAAGUUCUGUGGACAACCAGCUCGUUGGAUCAAUACUUCUCAUGAGGGUGAAGUUGGCAUUGCAGCCAGGGUCACCUUUGAAAUUCUUGUAGGUGAUAAAGCUGAAUCUCGCCUCACAGUGAGCAACGAUGGCACAACAGCCAUCUGGUAUGACUGGCGGAGGCUCCCUCCACCUUUUACUUUUCAGGAGAAAGGAAAAAAAAGGAUGCAGAAUUUUUAUUUUAAUACUAGAUCAGGUGUUAUCCUACCUGGAGAAACCAUAAAUUUUUCCUUCAUCUUUAAAUCAAUGAGUGCAGGCAUUUUCAGAGAAUCCUGGGAGUUUGGUACUCAUCCUGAGUUAUUAGGAGGAGCUAUGCUACAAGUGACUCUGUGGGGAAUUGCCCUCUAUGAAGAUGUUACAGUUAAACUCAGGGAGGAUCUGGAGAAAGAGUUAGAAGCUCGAGAAGUUGCUGUUAUAGUAGAAGAAAAUCUACAAGAGUUACUUAAUCAGAUUCGAACACCGGAGCGAGUAAGAUCUCCACUUGAUGCAUAUGUCACUGAAGAAGAAUUAUUUCACAGAAAGAAUCCAAAGCUGCACUACCAACACCAAGUGGUAAAGGAGCUUCAUGAGUUGUGGAACAAAGUCAUGAAUCCUCAACUUGUAGAAGUGUAUGUAGAAGAAGGCACUGCUAGUGAGACUUCUCCACCCAAGAGUGCUGCAGAGUCUCAGAAGAGUCCUGAGGAUGCGCGUAAGAGUGUUUCCUCACCUGUUUCAGCAGCAAAGAGGCUUGGGUUGGAAGAGCUGAUAGAUGAACUGAGUAAAACUGACAUGGAAGAUAUGGCCCAAAUAGAGGAGGCACCCCAUGUGGAGUGGAACCUUUCCAUUGAUGAUUUUAGGCAGACGUUGCUGACAAUCCCUGAAGAAGAUGAACGGGAGGUUGCCCUAGCUCAGCUCAAUAAAGCAGCAUUGGAGCUUUGUACUGCUCCCCUGACAACUCAAACAGAUCUUUUGUACCAGAUAUGUUUCCAGUUGUGGCGGGAAGUAAUUGAUGGGCUGGUGAACUGCUCGCUAGUGCUCAGGUCCCUGUUUGGUAUGCCUGAGAAAGACACUUAUGUUGAAACUGGCCCAGAAGAACUAGUGGAGGUAAAAUCAGCUGCGGCAAAGUCUGUCAAGGAAGAUCGGAAAGUUCCGAAAGAAGAUAAGAAAGUUGCUUUGAAGGAAAAGGAAAAAGGAAAGGCAACCAAAGAGCAGGAACGCUCAAAUAGCAGGAAAGGCAAAGGAAAGGAAGAGAGGAAAGUAAGGACUUCCACAAAGGAAGCAAAGGAUGCUAUCUCUUUCUCAGUGGAAUCCUCAGAAGCAGACUUUCAACUUCGCCGAGAACAAAUUGAUCCAAUUGUGCAGGAAAAAUACCGUGAAAAACUCUAUGUUGAAGUUUAUGGACUGCUGAAUUCAAUGGUGAACAAAAUGUUUUUCCUCUUUGAGGAGGUAAAGAAGAACGCUCUAGAGAAGACUAAAGCAUCCUUUGUCUAA